CGUCGCUACAUGAUACGUAUUAAGCUGUCACGCGUGGUGAGCGGCUCAGCAUGAACGGGGUGAAAGUGACGCCCCAGCGCGAGGGGUUUCCCCCUCCCCAAGAUGCGCCCCUGCCGGCACAGGACUUGGCGCAGGUCCGGCUUUUGAUCUCGGUGGCGGUGGCCGUGUUCGUCGUCUUAGUUCUGGUAAUUUGGAAAAUUUUCCAAGCAAGAAAGAGCAGUCGGACAGCAGUGCUUCUGGCUGGUCUGUGUGACUCAGGAAAAACUCUUCUAUUUGUUAGGCUCUUAACAGAAAAUUUCCGAAAUACUCAGACUUCCAUAACUGAUAGUUCUGCCUUGUACAGAGUAAAAAAUGACAAGAAUAGGAAUGUGACUUUAAUUGACCUUCCUGGCCAUGAGAGCUUGCGGCUUCAGUUCCUGGAUAGGUUCAAGGCUGCAGCUAGGGCAAUUGUGUUUGUUGUGGAUAGUGUAGCUUUCCAACGGGAGAUGAAAGAUGUGGCAGAAUUUCUGUACCAGCUCCUGACUGACAACACAAUUCUGAAAAAUGCACCUCCCCUCUUAAUAGCCUGCAACAAACAAGAUGUUACAAUGGCAAAAUCUUCUAAGCUCAUACAGCAGCAACUGGAAAGAGAGCUCAAUACCUUACGAGUGACUCUCUCUGCUGCCCCAAGUACCAUGGAUAGUUCAAGCUCGGGAUCUGUCAUUCAGCUUGGGAAGAAGGGAAAGGAGUUUGACUUCUCUCAGAUGCCCAUGAAAGUCGAAUUUAUUGAGUGUAGUGCCAGAGGAAACAAAGGAGAGGAGGGUAGUUCUGACAUUAAUGACUUAGAAAAAUGGCUAGCAAAAAUUGCUUGAGCUUGAGUUUUUAAAAGGAGAGGUAGAGAGGAAGGUGGAAAAGAACAUCCCCUGGAAAAAGUAGGAAUUGUAAUGAGACAUGCAAUUUAAUAGAGCAAGAACUUGAGUUUUAAAUAGCAGUUUGGCUAGGAAAAAGAUGCACAUUUGGAACUGUAGCAGUGGUGAGGACAUUCAGUUUUUGCUUUCUAUUCAUUGUUCACAGAAAGGCACCGUUUGAAGUAUCCUUGUUCUUUAAAUAUAGCCUAGAAAAGUGUAGCUCCUUUUUAGCUUCCCAUUCUCAUUGUUGCAGAUAAUUUUCCUACUCUAUUUUAGGAAAAGACCCUUUAAAAAGGAGAAUCCUUGUUACACAAAAGUCACAAGAUGAAAAGGAACAUUUCUAGAUAUUCCUAGAUUCAAAUUCCUUUGCUUCUGCUUUCCUUCCAAUAGUCACCUCAUAUGAAAUGUUUGUGAUCCAUGUCAACUUGUUAUUCCUUCAUUUUCUAGAAAAUUUUAUAGGACUCUGGCAUGAGUAGAAUUUAGUGUUGUAACUAUAGUAAUGUAACAUAAAAAGGAAUAGGUGACUACUUCCAAUAUUCUGUGCAAUGCCUAGCAGUGUGGCCAUCCUAUCACUUGAUAUGUGUUGUUUUGCUUCUAAAAAUUGACUGAAUAAUUGGUACACAAGUUUAGAAAAUCCUUCCU